AGGGAACUGGCAUGCUUUUCCGGGCUAGCAGAGACGGGAAGCUGACACCUAGAGAACAACGUGCUGGCGGGGGAAGUGUGUCAGUGUGCGAGGCAGAGCUAUGGCUCUGCUUGACUAAUCUUUUUUGUGGGUUUUUUGUUUUGUUUGUGUUUUGCUUUGUUUUUAUUUAAAACGCUUUAUCUAGAUCUACUACUUUUUUUGGUCUACUUUCUUGCCUGGGACAUAUAUUUCCUCUACGUUAUUAACUUCCAUCACGGAUCUUUUGGACUCGGGACAAGACCUCUGAAUGACUUCUGUAUUGAUAAAGGAAAAAGCGCUACUUGGGCUGUGCCUGGUGAUUUCCUACUUUAUGGCAUCCCUUUCUAAUCUUGGAGGGGCAGAGCUUGCAAUCCCACGUUAAGAGAAAUCCCUGUUCAGCAACUGUGGCUAUCACAGAAUUAUUUGGGAUCAAAGAAUACAGAAUAUGCUCAACAGGGCAAAAAACUUGCUUGGAAAGUAGUGACUUGGAAGCAUGUAAGGAUCCUUAUAGAUGACUGCCUCAACUGUUGGGAAAAAGGGCUAAUGUUGUCCUUUGAUAUAUGUCAAAUAUAUAUAACCAGAGGCAUAGCAGUAUUUCCUGCAGCUAGCUACUGAAAAGGAAAUGUUCUACUAUUUGAUUUGGAUGCUUGUCCUGCUCUCCAGCAGCUCUGCAACAGAUGAAAACUCUGUCAGAGAUGCUGACAUUUUCCCUUUAUCUCCUGAAAUUGAAAGAGGAUCCACCCUGAAACUAUUUUGUGUUCUUGGAAAACACUACAUGCCUCACAGAAAUGCAAGCCACAUCAUCUGGAAAUUGAAUCAUGAACUGAUUGCUCAGGAAAACUAUAAUGUUGUCAACGAGACUGUAUCUAGCGUAACCAUCCAUAAUUUCACUUACAACAAAGCACAUGUGAAAUGUUUUAUUAAGUAUCUAGGCAAAGAACAACUUUUGGUUCAUACUGAAGUUAAAUCUGGCUUUCCGCCGGACACACCAGGAAAUAUUUCCUGCAUUUAUUACUUCAAUGUUGAACUUGCUUGUAGCUGGACUUCAGGAAGACAAACGAAUCUUACAACAAACUAUACUCUUUAUAGAAAAAUGAUGAGAGAACAAGGUGUGACUAUUCCAAAUAUGGUUGGCUCCAGCUGCCAAAGCAAAACUGAGUCAUGUUCAUUUUAUUACCCAAAUACCCCAUAUAGCAGUUCUUUUUGUUUUCAGGUGAAAGCUGAAAAUGUUUUGGGUGAAGCAUCAUCAGAUUGUGUUCCUAUAGCUUUGGAAAAAAUAGAGAAAUUUAAAUUUCCGCCUGAAAUACUUUCAGUAAAAAAAAUUGCUGGUGUAAAGCAGUUGCUCGCAGUAACCUGGAAAAAACCUGAGAAGAUUAUACCUUCUCAAGACUUAAACUGCCGGGUUCGAUACAGGAACUUGUAUUCGAACUCUUCGGAAACUGUUCCUGUCACCCUGACUUCUGGAGAGAAAAUAGCAUCACUUAAUCUCACAGGUCUGUGGGAUUCCACAGAGUAUGCAGUUGCCAUUCAGUGUAUCAGUGUUGAAUCAAAAUUCUGGAGUGAAUGGAGUAGAGAGAAAAUGGCAAGCACAGAAGAGAAAGCUCCCUCAGAAAAAGUGGAUUUGUGGAGGGUAAUUGAAUCUUCAUGCUCAGCUGGAAAUAGAUCUGUACAUCUUAUGUGGAAGCUAUUAAAUCACUUUCCACCACCUGGGAGAAUUCUAGGCUACAGAAUACAGUAUUUUCCAGAAAACAAUGCUUCUCUUAUGAUGAUGAACAUCACUACUAAUAAGAAAAUUACUUUACUUUUAAAUGAUGAGGCGUAUAUAAUAUCUGUUAUUGCCUAUAAUUCUGCUGGAGAUUCUCCUGAAGCUACUUUGAGGAUUCCAUCUACUGAUGAAAAAACUGCUCAGAUUAUUGAGGCAGCGAGGACCUUUACAGCAAAUGAAGAAGUGGUUGUGGAAUGGAUGGCCUCCAGAUCAGAAGUAACCAGAUAUGUUGUUGAGUGGUAUGAGGACCUGGAGAUGGAUCCUUUUUGUAGAUCAUGGCUAUAUAUAUCAAAUUCUACAAACUGGAGAACUAACAAGAAAACCUUUAAACCAUUUAUAUGCUAUAACAUCUCAGUGUAUCCUCUCUAUGGAAAUAAAGUAGGAGCUCCAUAUUCCAUGCAAACUUAUGUUCAAGAAAAAAAACCAUCAGAAGGACCUGUGGCUGACACAGGCAUUCCAGGCAAAAAUGAAAUUACAAUUAAAUGGAAGGAAAUUUCAAAGGAUAAACGAAAUGGCUUUAUCAGUAACUAUACAAUAUUUUAUAAACCUGAAGGUGGAAAAGAAUUGAAUGAAACUGUGAACCCUGAUGUUCUGCAAUACAGACUGAAGUCCUUACAAGCGAAUACCCAAUAUACAGUUCAUAUCAUGGCAACCAAUGAAGCUGGCGGAACCAUGGGAGAACCAAAAACCUUCAAGACUUUGAAAUUCAAUGAAGACGACAUUAUUUUCAUUGCUGUACUAGUUGGAUUAAGUAUGUUGGUUUUGUUAGUCCUUUGGAUAACAUGUAUUCUUAAAAAGCAUGUGUUGAAAAAAGUUUGUUGGCCUGACGUACCUAAUCCUGCAGAGAGCAUUGCAGUAGAAUGGCCUCUUGAUGCAUCUAUGAAUAAUUCAUUCCUGAAGGAAGUAAUGUCUGAGGAUAAAACCAUAGGUGGCUUGGAAGAUGUAAGUGUUUUGGAACCCUGUUUUCCUGAAGAACAUGAAGACUCACUACUAAUGAAUCGUGAAAACCAUGUUUCAGAAUAUACUGAUACUAAUACAAAAGACAUGAUUAAUGGAGAUAAAACGAUACCAUAUAAUGAAGAACAUGAAGCUGCCAAGCAUCUUUCACCAUCCAUGCCUUAUACGAUUUCUGACCAAGAUUUCAGAAGUCAAGUGCUUUCAAAUUUGAUACCAGCCAAGCAAAUUCAACCCAUAGAAAUGCUGGAAGAUGAUUUACAUGAAUCCCAACAUACUUCACAUCAAAAUGAAGAAAAUAAGGAAGAAGCUUUAAACCUCUCAGAUCUCAAUGAAAAAGCAGUGUUCAAUCCAUACCUUAAAAAUUCUGUUAAUACAAGGGAAUUUCUCGUUUCUGAGAACUUGCCAGAACACAGUAAGAAUGAACCCAAAAGCCAGUCAACUGCCAUAUCUCCUUUUCAACAAAAUGUUGUAGGACAAUCCUAUGUAACACUGGACGUGGUUAGGCUGGCCACAGCUCAUUAGCAUGAGAAACCUUUCUCCCCUUGUGAGAUUUAUCCUGGCAGUGCUGCCUUUUCCAUAUUCAUGUGUUCUAACCUGGAUGAUCUCUGUUACUCUGGGUGAAAUUACCCCAUUCUUUUGAAAGGCUGUGAAGUAACUAAUGCACUGCAUUUAUACCUGUGAAAGUUCACUUCAACUGUUGUUUCUUUUACCUGUUAGAUGUAUAAGAAAUGAUGCAGAGGAGUCAGCUUUUUUAUUUCUUCUUAGUUCUCCCAUAUUAGUUUAUUAAAACAAGCUGAUCUUUCCUGUGAGAACAUCCAGCAGUGCAAGUAGCUCACCAAUUUCCCUCCAGGUGACUGGUAGCUGAGCACUGUUGGGGCACAAUGUACUUAUCUGAGCAGAGCCAGGGUCUGCCAAAUCCUUCCUUGAAGUUAAAUGAAGUAGAACUACUUUCCUACUCUUCUUUCCUCCAAUUGUUUGAUUUUGGAUUUUCUGUAGUGUUCCUCCUAUUUGGCAAGUAAUUAGUAGAUUGCAGUCAUCAUCUUGUUGUAUCCUGGCUCCUGAGUUAACAGUUGGCUCAAGUUUUCCUAUCUUUUGUUGAGAAGAUAUUUGUCAUGUAUAUGUUAUUGACUUAUCUACAUUUUCAAAAAGGUAGGCUUCUGCUGGCUUUCUUGCUUCCUUCCCCUCAUCUCUUGUUUUUAAAUCUGUAUUUUGUGCGGAUUUUCAUGUCUCCUCUUCAUUUUCUACUUACAGCUGUUUACUGCAGGAUAUCUUAUCUUAGUGUUUCUUCGCCUCUAAUUUAUUCUAGCUUCAGACUGUUUUUCCCAGUUGAGGUUUUGGUAUUUUUAACUGGGGAAAAAAAAAUCAGCUAAAUAUAGCAUCUUAUGCUGGGAUAAGCACUGAAUUUAUAUUUAGGGAAGUCUUUCUCCUGUAAGUAUUGAAAAAACACUACAAAACAUCUGCAAAAUAUCCAAAGAUGUCCUCUAACUGAUUUAGAACUAGAGGUUUCUACAGGAAGGCUGUAAGUUCUGAGUCAUAAAACUACUUGCAGUUUGUUCUAUGCAGCAAAUGAACAUGUUAAUUAAGCAGGAAACUCUCAGUCUGAUUUUUUUCAGCAGAAAAGAGGCUAUUACUGUAAAAUUAUCACCAAAAAUAUUUAUUAUAUUGAAUGACAGAUUAAAAAGAGAUGUAUUCAACUCUGAAUAAAAAAAUGUUAAAAUGGUGCAUUAGGUGUGGUAUGUGCCUGGCAAUAAAGUCAUUUUUAGACUUUAA